AGUUAUUGUGUGUUAUUUUUAAUUAAACAUGAUAGAGGCGCCUUGAAAGAUGUUUCAAAUGAUAAAAAGCAAGACAAAUUCAUUGAUAUCAGAUAUAUAUUACCUGCUCAGAUAGAUUAUUGGAUUAAUAUAUCUAGAUUACGUCCUCUGAGAAGAUGUAGUUUGCACAUGAUUGACGGUAAUAUGAUUUCUGCUUUUAUUGAGAGAUGGCACGCAGAGACUAGCUCAUUUCACCUGCCAUUUGGUGAAAUGACUAUUACUCUUGACGAUGUUAGGGGUCUUUUGAGCAUACCAUGCUAUGGAGAGUUUUUCACACCUCCCGCUAAUGUCAAUGAAGAUUUGGCAAUUGCUGCUGCUGUUGAGUUGGGAGUUGCUUAUGAUGAAGCUGUAACUGAAACUAGGACCAAUAUAGGUGCCUCAUAUAGUUUUGAGUGGUUGAAAGUUUUAUUUUUCAAGCAACUUCGUGAAGGACGAUAUGAAUGUGCAACGAGGGCAUACCUACUUCAUUUGGUAGGUUGUACCAUUCUAGCUGAUAAAAGUUUUACCCUUGUAUCUGCAAAAUAUCUAUUUAUUUUUCAAGACCUUGAUACUUGUGGUAAAUGGGCAUGUGGACCAGCUGCACUUGUUUUAUAUGACUAUCUUAGAGAUAAUACAUUGCCUGCAACGAAACAGAUUUGAUGAUAUUUAUCUCUAUUGCAGACAUGGAUUUAUGAGCAUCUUCCUGACAUUUGUAAAUGGGGUAUGGAUGAGCCUAUAUCUUCAAUGUCACGGAUGUUUCGAUGGACUGCAAAACAAACAUCUGGGAAUGCUGCAUACUACAGAACAAAGCUGGAUGCUUUGAGAGAUACUGAUAUUAUCUGGACGCAGAAUUACGAUGAGAACUCUAUGACACGAUUUCAGCUUGUGUCAUUGUUUACAUGAUACAUUGGUUGGUGUUCCACGAUAGUACCAUAUUUACCAGAGAGGUGCAUACGACAGUUUGGGUAUACUCAACACAUCCCUCCUACACUACCGAUGCUCAUUGUACGUGAUGUUGAUGUUGAAUGGAGUAUGUACAGGAACUCUGUACAAUCACUUCGUGCUACAUUGCAUCCUGUAUAUCCACAUGAGUGUGUUGAUUGAUACAUUCAGUGGUACUAUAGGAUAUCUCAUCAUCGGAUGAACCCUUACGUUGAUGCAUAUGUUGAUGCUGGUCUUGGUCCUAGUCAUAAUGUUGGUCCUAGUCAUGAUGAUGGUCUUGAUACUAGGUGUACACGGUGUCGCAAAAUUGGUGGUCUUAUACAGCAGAGUUUAGAUUUACAUGUGGGUGGUCCUGAAGAUCAGAUGCGUGUCUUAUUAGAGAGAGCUUUACACAUUUCUAGAAGAGGAGAUUAUCAGUAGUAUUAUAGUUGUAUUAUUCAGACUUAUUUAUGCGUGUCUUGAUAUAGGUGUAUUAUUCAGACUUAUUUAUGUGCGACUUAUUUAUUAAGACUUAUUUAUUUUAU